UAUCUGUCUGGGAGACAUAUGGUUUCGAUGCAUUCUUCCAACCACAUAUUAAAUAAGUAAUCGGGGCUCUCAGGAUCGCGACUGAACUAAAUAGAGUGAACUCGGGUCUCUUCGUGUCUUUACGUGCUCAUUAACAUUCCUGCCUUGUCCGUGCUGCUGAAACUAGCUUCAGUGAGCGACGGUAGGACGCGCAGUGCUCCUGAGCGUGAGCGAAGGUACCGAUUCAUAGGGACGGCGCCGCGAAGGAGGAGAAACAAGCCUACAGUGCCAUUCGUUCGCUGUUGGAAUAGGAGCCAGGAUCCUUUCAGAAUAUCCAUCAACCGAACAGAACAACCGCUGAUUCCCACCAGAUUGUUCACCACCAAUAUGAGCAGGAUCUAAAAAUUGACUGCCGUGGUGAAAACGAGGGAUUUCUGCGGUGGAUGUGGGCACAUUUUCUGUGGAAAUGCAAAAGAUUAUGAAUUUAGCAGUCUUCCUUCUUCCUUUUUUCUGGGAACUGGCGGUUUGUGGCUCUCCCGGUGUGCAAAUCGGGGGGCUGUUUCCAAGAGGCGCAGAUCAGGAAUACAGUGCAUUCCGAAUAGGGAUGGUCCAAUUCGGCACAUCCGAGUUCAGACUGACACCCCACAUUGACAAUCUGGAAGUAGCAAACAGUUUUGCUGUCACCAAUUGUUUCUGUUCCCAGUUUUCAAGAGGAGUGUAUGCUAUUUUUGGAUUUUAUGAUAAGAAAUCCGUCAAUACAAUUACGUCGUUCUGCGGGACUCUUCAUGUCUCUUUUAUAACGCCGAGCUUUCCCGUGGAUGGAGCCAAUCAGUUCAUUUUACAAAUGAGACCGGAUAUCAAAGGACCCCUUCUUAGCCUGAUUGAGUACUACAAGUGGGACAAGUUUGCCUAUCUCUAUGACAGCGACAGAGGUCUGUCCACUCUUCAGGUAGUGUUGGACACUGCCGCUGAGAGGAAGUGGCAAGUGACAGCAAUCAACGUGGGCAACCUCAAAGAUGAAAAGAAAGAUGAGGCUUAUCGCUCCCUUUUCCAAGACCUCGAGAACAAGAAAGAAAGGAGGGUUAUUUUAGACUGCGAGCAGGACAAGGUGAAAGACAUCAUGGAGCAGGUCAUCACAAUCGGCAGGCAUGUGAAAGGAUAUCACUACAUCAUUGCAAAUCUGGGCUUUGUGGAUGGGGAUUUGUCAAAGAUCCAGUACGGAGGAGCGAAUGUGUCUGGAUUUCAGAUCGUGGAUUUCGACGACCCGCUGGUGGCCAAAUUCGACCAGCGGUGGGAGGCCCUGGAGGAAAAGGAGUACCCCGGCGCUGACAGUAAAAUUAGGUACACGUCGGCGCUGACGUAUGACGCCGUGCAGGUGAUGACGGAGGCGUUCCGCUACCUGCACAAGCAGAGGAUCGACAUCACCCGGAGGGGCAACAACGGCGACUGUCUGGCCAACCCGGCGGUACCGUGGGCACAGGGCGUGGAGAUCGAGCGAGCGCUGAAACAGGUCCGGGUGGAAGGCCUAACGGGCAACAUCCAGUUCGACCAGCACGGCAGAAGGGUCAACUACUCCGUUAAUAUCAUGGAACUUAAAAACAGCGGACCAGUCAAGAUUGGAUAUUGGAAUGAAGUAGACAAAAUGGCGGUUACAAAACCAGAUGUUUUUCCAAAUGAAUCAAUGGGGAUGGAGAAUAAGACUGUGAUCGUAACCACAAUAUUGGAAGCCCCAUAUGUGAUGCUAAAGAAAAACGCUGACCUCUUUGUAGACAAUGACAGAUAUGAGGGCUACUGUGUGGACUUGGCUGCAGAAAUUGCCAAGCACUGUGGCUUCAAAUACCAGCUGAAAAUAGUUGGUGAUGGGAAGUAUGGAGCCAGAGAUGCAGAGACAAAAAUCUGGAAUGGAAUGGUUGGAGAGUUAGUGUAUGGGAAAGCUGAUAUUGCAGUUGCUCCGUUAACUAUUACCCUGGUCCGAGAAGAAGUGAUUGACUUCUCGAAACCGUUCAUGAGUCUGGGGAUUUCCAUCAUGAUAAAAAAGCCCCAGAAAUCUAAACCGGGGGUGUUCUCCUUCCUGGAUCCCCUGGCGUAUGAGAUCUGGAUGUGCAUCGUGUUUGCCUACAUCGGGGUCAGUGUGGUUCUCUUCCUAGUCAGUCGCUUCAGCCCCUAUGAGUGGCACACCGAGGAGUAUGAAGACGGACAGAUACAAACUAAUGAGUCGACAAAUGAGUUUGGGAUAUUUAAUAGUCUCUGGUUUUCCCUCGGUGCCUUUAUGCAGCAAGGAUGCGAUAUUUCGCCAAGAUCCCUCUCUGGCCGCAUUGUGGGCGGGGUCUGGUGGUUUUUUACCCUGAUCAUAAUAUCGUCCUACACGGCUAACUUAGCUGCCUUCCUGACUGUUGAGAGGAUGGUGUCCCCCAUUGAAAGUGCAGAGGACUUGGCUAAGCAAACUGAAAUUGCUUACGGGACUCUGGACUCUGGCUCAACUAAAGAAUUUUUCAGGCGAUCCAAAAUCGCGCUGUUCGAUAAAAUGUGGACGUACAUGAAGGGCGCAGAGCCCUCGGUGUUUGUGAAAACCACCGCGGAGGGCGUGCUCCGGGUGCGCAAGUCCAAGGGGAAGUACGCCUACCUGCUGGAGUCCACCAUGAAUGAGUACAUCGAGCAGCGCAAGCCCUGUGACACCAUGAAGGUCGGAGGGAACCUGGACUCCAAGGGCUACGGGAUCGCCACGCCGAAAGGAUCCUCAUUAAGAAAUGCGGUUAACCUCGCAGUACUAAAACUGAAUGAGCAAGGCCUGUUGGACAAAUUGAAAAACAAAUGGUGGUACGACAAGGGAGAGUGCGGCAGCGGGGGAGGUGAUUCCAAGGAGAAGACCAGCGCCCUCAGCCUGAGCAACGUUGCUGGAGUCUUCUACAUUCUCGUCGGCGGACUUGGUUUGGCCAUGCUGGUGGCUUUGAUUGAGUUCUGUUACAAGUCCAGAGCAGAGGCGAAACGAAUGAAGGUGGCAAAGAAUGCACAGAAUAUUAAUCCAACUUCCUCGCAGAAUUCACAGAAUUUUGCAACUUAUAAGGAAGGUUACAACAUGACCUUCACAGAUGCCAUGAGGAGCAAAGCGAGGCUGUCGAUAACAGGAAGCACUGGGGAGAACGGUCGAGUGAUGACUCCAGAAUUUCCAAAAGCAGUGCAUGCUGUACCUUACGUGAGGCCUGGCAUGGGAAUGAAUGUCAGUAUGACUGAUCUCUCUUGAUUGAUAAGAACCUUUCGAGUGCCUUACAAAGUGGUUUUAAACGUGCGUUUUUUUUUUUUUUUUUCGUUUUGUUUUGGGGGUUUUUUUUUUCCGGCCGAGUCGGUUUGAAGGGGCGAAUCCGGUAUCGCGAAGACAUUUCCCUUCCCUCCCCGAUGCUCUUUUUGAAAGGCUCCCUCUCUCGAUUGAAGUUCACCCGGGAUUAUAACGAGCUGACGACACCCGUUCGCCCCAGUCCGCCCCACCCUUUUUUGUUCGAGACGAGGCUGGACUGGCACGCACAGCUGUGGUUUGGACGUCUGGUCACCUGAGAAUCAUCGUUUGAGGCAGCACGUCUGUUUUUGUCACCACCUCCGUCAAAUUCUGGAUUCAUAAUGACUUAAGCACACUUGACGUCAUUCUGCAUCAAAAUGUGAAAGUUUUGUUUGUUUGUUUUCUAAGAAAAUUAAAAUAUAUGAAAAAAAAACAUAUUUUUAUGUAUUUUCACAAACAAAAUGGCUUUUGCAUAAAUCCGCUUCCAUACCAGUUGAAUACACAACUCAGUUUGCAACGAUGUAAAAAGUGUUUAGGCUACCAGUUCCAUCAUUUUCAAAGCCAAAUAUGUUCAUGCUAACAGGUAUAACGUUGAAAUUGUGUAAUUUAUUACUGUUAUAAAAUUUCCUGUAUAUCUUAUACUUUAACAUUUGGUGUUGGUAUUAAAAUACUUGGCAAUGCUUGACAUUCGAAAUCAAUUCUUUUUCUAUGGUUUUAUUUGUAAAAAUUGAAAUUAAACUUGUGUCAGUGUUGCGUUUUGAUUUAUUUUCUUUUUUCUUUAACAAUUUUUUGUGGGGAGGGGAUUGUUCUGCUUCAGUUUUACAGUGAAAGAUCAGGGUAGCAGUUUUAUAGAUUCUGAAAACAAAAUCAGUUUACACAUAAUGGAUGCAAAAAAGCCAACCAUGGUGUUAUUGCAUACAUCUUGUUAUGAAAUAAAAAGAGGCAUACCAAUUAAUGAUUCCUUUGCCAAAUAACAAACCGUGCCAAAUUUAGAGCCAUUAGAGAGUGAUUUAGUUCUAAUGAAAUCAGUCACUGUCAUCGAAGUGAAUGUGGUUGAUGCAUUCUGUAACUUUGUAACUAUAUGUACAGUUUGAUGGCUUAUACAGUAAUUUGCAGACAUAUUUUGUUGGUUUUAUUUUGUUGUCUCAUUUUACACACGUUAAAGUGAAAAAUGUGUAAAUGACCAUUCGAAGCAUGUUGUUCCCUCACAUUUUAGUUUUUUUAUAUUUCUCCUUUAAGAAAGGGUGACUGUUGCCACCAAUAUUAUGUCCAGUCUAAUAUCCAGUAUAAAGUCAUAUGGAUAUAUAUAUAAAAGGCAGAGAUCUAAGUAUACAUAUAUUUAUUUAUAUAUACUAUUUACGGUUUUCACAGCGUAUUUCCUCUGAUUAUUAAUGGCGCUGUAUAGAAUUUAACAAGAUAUCUGACCAGUAAAGUUACGUUAAUGUCAGCCUUACGAACAGGCUAACCCCUCAGAUAAACCCAUUGGAUAGCAUACACAGUAUACAGAACUGUUCAAGAGUUUUAAUUAUGCUUUUUUAGUUUGUAAAUCAUUUCUUACAUUUUGUAUUCAUGCAAACUGAAUUAUAUGAAUUAACCUCCGCUUACAUAAACAUAAAUGGAGGCACAAAUAUAGUCUUAAUCACUUUAGCUUUUUGUUGUUCUAGAUAUUAAGGUGAACGGUAUGUUAUCUAAUCAGUGUCAUUACAUUUCCGAGCGACUCUGACAUUUUGUAAAUGGAAUGUGUGCUAACUCUGCUUUAUUUUUGGGGCUCUUUUCAAUAAAA